AUGUACAUCCGAGGAAUUGACGAACCUCUCAUAUCCCGAAUAUUUGCCAUAACACUGACUGGAGCAGCGCAGACAUGGUUUUCAACCCUUCCUGCUAAUUCCAUCGGGUCGUUUGAAGAAUUCGGACAGAAGUUCCUCUUGAACUUUGCAACUAGCAAAAAGCAUCCGAAGUCCGAGUUCGCUCUCGGAAAGAUACGACAGCAACCCGGAGAAACCCUCCAGAAAUAUCUUAAUCGGUUCAAGGAUGCUGCAUUACAGGUCCCAGGGCUGCAAGAGAAUGUCCAUGUUCACCUCAUUGUGGCGGGUUUGGAUGGUGCAUCCAGACUAGCCAAGUCGGUCUAUAAAGACCCAGUGAGGACGUUGGAGGAAUUCAGAACUCGUUCGAAAAAAUAUCUCAAACUAGAGCAAAUGGAAAUUGCAAAUGCGCAAUCUGAUGAGGGCAAAAGGGGCAGCCCGAGAAGGAGGAGCCCGGCCCCAAAGGGAAAGGAACAAAUCGACAAUAAGAAGAAAGAUCAACGCCCACGAAUCCCGGACAUGAGGGACCGCGUUGGGAGGUAUGACAAGUAUACCCCUUUGAAUGCAUCGCGUUCUCAAACUUGGAGAGAAGUAGCCAUGAAGGAGAUGAAAAAGGUGGAGGGACCCCGACCCAUAUUUGACAGAGGAGGCUUAGAUGAGUUCAAAUACUGUGCCUUUCAUGAUGGGCCAGGUCACACAACUGAUCAGUGCUGGGAUCUCCGGGACGUGAUGGAGAAGUUUGUAAGAGAUGGUAGAUUACGACAAUACGUGAUUAAAACCCAAGGGUCCAAAAGCAACAAAAGAAAGCCAGGAAAUAUAAGGAGAAGUAAAAGCCCAGUUCCUAGAAAGAAGAACAAAGAUGAGCGAGAUCGCAAAGAUGAUCCCAAUUUUGAUGAGUUCCCAGAAGCGGAAUUCGAUUAUAAUGUAAUCAGUGGAGCCCUUGGAGGAGGUGGAGACACCAUAAGCGCAAGAAGGAAAUACUCGAAGGAGGUCUUUUCGAUUCGAGACCGUCCUAGAUUCAAAGAGGAUUCGAGCAAGCCGGAUCCCCCUCUACUAUAUUUUACAAAGAAGGACAUGCAUGGCGUGUUGCCUGGACAUGUUGACGAACUCGUUAUAGCCGGAACUUUGGUAAACUGUCGGGUUAAGAAGAUUUUUGUUGAUGCAGGGAGUUGUGCCGACAUCAUACUUUGGGAUGCUUUUAAAAAGAUGAACCUGGAUGAAGAGGACCUCAAACCUUGCAAAACGACGCUGGUAUCCUUUAAUGGAGAGCAUACACCUCCCAAAGGCUAUAUAGAUCUCAAGUUGACCCUGGGAACCAAAGACGCGUUCAAGUCGGAACGGGUAAGGUUUAUAGUGGCUGAUUUUUCAUCAGAGUAUAAUAUAAUUCUGGGCAGCCCAACUAUAAACCAGUGGGACAUGCUGGUUUCUACGAAACACCAAAAAAUAAAGAUGCUAAGCAGUAAAGGCGAAAUAAUUACUGUUUGCGGAGAUCAAAAAGAGUCCAGGGGAUGCUAUUUUGACACUGUCAAAGAUAGUGAGGAUGGACAUACAAGUCCACCCCGAAUUCAUGCAGGGGACAAAUAG